AUGGCAACAGGGCUUGCCGGGUCUCCAUCAUUCAGGCGAAAAUGGAUGACUAAACGUGCCCUCGGGGAGCUUGGGUGCACCUCGGUGUUGGACCCUACCUGGAGAUCGAGGGAGCAAGGAGAAGAAGCGAAAUACAUUCGCGAGAAGGCGAGCCUUCCCAAGGGGCUAUUUGCAUUAGCCAUGGCUUUACUUAUCAGCCUUCUACAGGAGCAAGCCCAGCUCGCUGCUCUCCGCGAGGAGCAGAAAAACCGCUCCACAGCAUCUAAUGACAACACCACAAAGGAUGCUGCAUCAACCACCAUGGGUCGUGACUUUGAAGGCGGCUUUGGAGGGCAAGAGGAUUUAGAAGAUCGGUACGCAACGACUAGCGGAGAGCACUAG